AACCCAAUCCCGAAUUCCCCAAAGUCCCCGAGACAAAUCGCCCUCGCGUUAGGUUAGGCCGAGGCGAGAGUAGAUUGGAUUUCGAGCUCAGCACGCGGCGGCCAUGGAGGACGAGGAGCACGAGGUGUACGGCCAGGAGAUCCCCGUCGACGGCGAGGACGUCGACAUGGGUGCCGGGGGCGACGACGCCGCCAAGGUUCGUGAUGCGCCCGCCGCCGCCGCCGCGGCUCGCUCGGCCCCUCUCUCCCGGUUCCGCACCCCAAACUCUAACGCCGGUACUGACCCUGUUCGUGUCCAGCUGCACGAGCUCGACGAGAUGAAGCGCCGCCUCAAGGAGAUGGAGGAGGAGGCCGCCGCCCUCCGCGAGAUGCAGGCCAAGGUCGCCAAGGAGAUGCAAGGUGGAGAUCCUAACGCGACCACAUCUGAAGCAAAAGAAGAGAUGGAUUCUCGUUCUGUUUUUGUUGGAAAUGUUGACUAUGCAUGCACUCCAGAAGAAGUGCAGCAGCAUUUCAAUUCUUGCGGAACCGUCAACCGAGUGACUAUCCUGACCGACAAGUUUGGGCAGCCUAAAGGUUUUGCUUACGUCGAAUUUGUUGAAGCAGAAGCUAUUCAGGAAGCUGUCAAGCUGAGUGAGUCAGAGCUUCAUGGUCGGCAAAUCAAGGUAGCGCCUAAGCGGACUAAUGUUCCUGGGUUGAAGCAGCCCCGAGGGGGCCGAGGAUUCAACCCAUAUGGCGGCCACCCCUACAUGAGGCCAUAUCCUCCACCGUUUUACAAUCCUUAUGGUGGUUAUGGGAGAGCUCCCAGGUUCCGCCGUCCGCGCAGGCCCUUCUACUAAGUUCUGGCUCUACUGGAGUUCUGUCAACACAUGACAACACUAGUCUUCGAUCGAUCUCAAGCCAGUCAGAGAACUCAAAUCCUUGCACCGUGUUUCGUUAUUUUCACAGAAGGAUAUGUGAUGGUUGUUGUGUACGUGUUGUGUUGAAAGAUGUUUAAGCCACUACAUGCAUCAGCAAUUCAGCAUUAUGUACUAUUUGACUUUAGUAAUCAAGUCAUACGACAUACUA